AUGGAUUCAACACAUCCUUUGAAAGCUCUAUUGAAUUUUCAUCUGGCUUCUGACGCUUCCGCAGUUGUACAUCUUCCCUUUAUUACCGGAAUAAUUACUGCUAAACAUUUUCUUCCCUCGCCGCACCUCGCAAAAUGGACUUCAAGAAUUAAUUCUCUUCUUCACUCAAAAGAUGCCGGGGCACGAUGGGCUGGCUUGUGCUUGGCUCAUAGGACCUCUAUAUGCUCCAAGUUGGUGAUGAUUGAAUCCGCUCAGAGCUGGCUGGGUGUUGCAAUUCCUUUACUGUCUAAAAAAGAACCCUUGCCUAAUCUGAUUGCAUCUAUCAGCUUGUGCAGAAUGGUGUUCCGCAAUGCGACAGAUACUCCUGAGUUUCAGCGACAAGUCUCUACGCCCAAUGUAUCAAAAUUCACUACAGCGCUGAUCGUUUUUCUCGAAAAAGAUUCCGAUCUUGAAUUAAAGAAACUUGUCCUCAAGACUCUUGCUCGGCUUAUUCCGUUAUACCCAAACAUCUAUCGGGCGUCUCAUGCAUCCCUUUUAUCCAUCGUAUCGCGAAUUUUCUCCCAAAGCGCUCCCAAUCAUAUCAGCCAACAACUUGUAGAGCCCGCAUGCUUGCUAUACUCUGUACUUCAUUAUACUGGAGGAAAAGUCGGGGCUGCAAAUUUAUGGCGCAAGUCUCUUGACGACUCGAUAAGUUCUGCAUGGACUGCUUUCAUCGGCGUGAGGACCACAUUUCCAGACGAGAAUGGACGUUUCCCGCAAGUACAGCUGCUGCACGAAGAGCCAGCAACCUCUGUUACACUCAACAUGGAGCGUUUAUGCAUGUCCGUUCAAUUGAUAGGCAAUUUACUUCAGUCCCCUACUCAACGACCUGUUCAAGUACCUGUUGGUUCAUUGAUGAAUCUAGCCUCAAAAAUGCUACUUGUGGCUGUCGAGGAUGAGACGCCAUCUAACAUAGAUCCCAUCGUUUGGGCUAUGGAGACAGCUGUCAUUCCAAGGAUUUGGAGGGCAGCUUGCGAUUUGAUCAAACGGCUUUGCGAAUGCAUUGACCGCCAUUUGACCACAUACUCGUCGAGGCUGCUGUCAUAUAUUGCCUUCCGCCUCGAACAAAAAAUCUCUUUGUUUAACCAAAUACCGUUUCUGGAGACAGUGCAUGCACUACUAACGCGAUGUCAUCCUUCUCAUUCACCACUCCUAUCUUCACGCUUGACAAGAAUUGCUUUGUCAAACCUCAUGGUCAUCCUGCCUAGUCAAACCGACGUGCAAAACAGCAUGGCUCAAACAGGCGGUACGAAUAAGAGCAAGAAAGGCAGGAAAAGAGCGAGAAAUUAUGAAGGAGAUGAACUGUUCAAAGCUUCGGGAGAUGUUAUAUGUCCUACAAUAGACGACGUCAAGUCGCUUCUGAUUUCUUGCGAUGUUCUACGAUUACUUCUUCAGAAUGCAAAUGUAACUCCUGCACUGCAUUCAAUGGCAUCUCGGGUCAUUUUAGCCAUAUCCCUCGAACUACCGCAGAUGACGCCAGCCACGCUAUCUCCCGAUCCACAUGCAUACCACGCUCUAGUACAGAAAAUUCGAGAUACAGCGGUCCAGCUAGGAUCUAGUACUACAAGUGCUAUGAGUCAGAGUUUGAACCUUGUUCUCAGCACGACUUCCGGUACAGACGAUCAGGAUUCAUGGCGCAAAGUAGACAUGCUCAUUCACCCUCGGUUUCCUCCACUACUUCGACCGCUACCAAAACUUGAUUCAUUCGCCUUAUUCCGGUCCGAAGAGAGUGCUGAAGAAGCGGAGGAACGACAACACUUAGGUCUAAAUGUCCCCUUAGCUCAAUCGAAAUCUGUAUCCGCUGCGAUACAGGAUAUCCACAUGGAUAAUUCUUUGAAAUCAGCAGGGUUAUCUAUCGUUCCUGCUCCUCUCUCGACGGGGCUUUCCAUCACAUCACAAAUUUCUACGGCCUUCCCUGUUGAACGCCGCCCAGAUGUAGGGGCUCCCUCGUUAUCGAUGACGACCACUGCUGAAUUUCAGAGGAAUUUGACUUCAUCGUUGCCCUCCGUUACUCCCAGGGAAUCUGCUGCCUCGUUCACUCAACCUUCGCAAGCUAGUGGGUCAACGGAGGAGACGAAUGCUACUACUUCAGAAGAUUUGGACCUCGACGAGGAUAUGCCAUCAAUAAACUUGGAGUCCGAUUCUGAUUCGGAAUAA